AUGCUGCAAAGGCAUUUCGAAAAGCGGGACCUGAAAGGCAAAGAGAAAGUCCGGAAAAAGCAGUACGCACUGGAGGAUCACUGUUCCGGGAGGGAUUUGGACCGGUCACGGCCGUUGGCACAGUGGCUCCGCCGGGGCAUGAAGGUCAACAUGAGCAUGGUUUUUAGGGUUACAAAGCAAGGGUUAACCGGAAGCCAAUGCCCCCGGUGUCACACGACAGUAGUGGCGACGGAAGGGAGGACUGUCCAGUGCAAGACUGCUCAAUGCGGGAUGUGGUUUCGGAUUUCGGAAAGCCAAUACGUUGAAGAGAAAGACGACCAGGAUGACGACCAAAACGCCAGCAGCAUGAGAGCGGUUCUCCGGGACGGGAAUGGACGAGGGAAAACGACAAACGAAGCCGCCUCGAGAAAGAUUCAUGCGGCCGACUGCAAGCCUGUGGACUUCCAGCGCGUCCGGCUGCUAACCGUUCCGCCAACACCGCACAAGGACGACGUUUUUAACAACUUGCAGGCUUUUGGGAUAUUCCACUCCGCAGGUCACAGGAGGUGGAGUCUGUCGGCAUAUAUUUACGACACCAACGGGCCCGCCGACCGAUUCGUGCAGCCUUAUCCCGAAUCACAGGCCGACCGUGCGGCCAGGCUACGGCAGGAGACGGAGGCCUUGCAGCGGAGAAGAGGAGAAGUAUAUUUAACUUCGCAAAAUUAA